AUGGCUGCGGAAAACGAAAAAUAUUGUUUUUGCAUCCAUUUUACUGGUAAAAAUGAUUCAAUUUGGGAAUUUCAAUUCAAAAAUUAUAUGAAGGAUAAGGGAUUAUGGAGUCACCUAGACGAUGCGUUUAAGGCACCUACAGAGAAAAUUGCAUUAGAGGCGUGGGAAACCAAAGAUGCUCAAAUAAUUACUUGGAUCCUUAGCAUUAUCGAUCCUCAAAUGAUCAAUAAUUUGCGCUCCUUUUCAACUGCUCAAGAAAUGUGGAACUAUUUGAAGCGUAUUUACAAUCAAGACAAUACUGCUAAGCGUUUUCAGUUAGAGCUGGAUAUAGAAAAUUACCAACAAGGUAAUUUAUCCAUUCAAGAAUAUUAUCCUGGUUUUCUGAAUUUGUGGACAGAACACUCUUCUCUUAUACAUGUCGAUGUUCCGAAGAAUUCUCUUGCGGCUUUCAAGCGGUCUACAACACAAGUAGCCGAGAUCAAUUUCUCAUGA